GCCCGAGGCAGAUAACCGGAAAGUACCGAAAACAAGUCCCUAGCUAAAGUAAAGUCAGUUAAGCUUUCAUAGACUGCCAAGAAGGGGGUGUUGAUUUGUUGUUCCUGGUUAUAAUUUCCUAUUAAUGUUCGUGUCAGAAAAAAAAGAAAUUCGUUUAAUUUCUUGUGGUCUAGAAAAGGCAAUUUAAAAAGAAUUCGAGUUAACUGAAGGAAUAAAAAAAUGACAGAUGACUCGGCAGAACUAGAAAGACAGAAAUUGUUGUACCGAUUGCAGCAUAUCAUUCCGCGCAGCUUAUCCACGUCGAGUUUUUAUAAUAACAAACUUCAAAUUCCUUCGUCUAAUAAGACGUCUGCUGAUGGCCCUCAAGAUGUUGAAUUUCAAAUGACUUGGGGGAAAGUGGCAGCCAGAAUAUGGGGCCCACCUGAUGGACGUCCAGUGUUCGCUAUCCACGGAUGGUUGGAUAACGCUGGUACGUUUGAUACCUUGAUACCUUUAUUGCCCAAAGACUUGCGUAUAGUUGCUGUCGAAAUGCCCGGUCACGGUCUAAGUGAUCCCUUCCCUCCCGAUGCCGCCUACAAUUUCAUGGACUGUCUAGUCGCUAUCGAGCGGUUUGCCAAGUACUUUAAAUGGGAAAAAUUUUCGUUUAUUUGCCAUAGUCUAGGAGCUACUAUGUCUAUGAUGUAUGCCGGAAUUUACCCUGAUAAAGUUGACAAACUCGUCCAACUCGACAUCGUGCGAGUGGAAACUACCAAACCGGAAUCGAUUGAUUACAGAUUACGAAAAACGGUUGGGAAAUUGCUCAAGUACGAGGCUGAAAUCAUUGCUGGGCCGGAGAAACCUUUCAGUUACGAAGAAGCCAUCGAGAAAUGUAUCGGCGGAACAUUUGGAUCGCUCGAUAAAAAAGCCUGUGAUAUUCUAUUCAAACGUGGAUUGAAAAAAGUUGAAGGAGGAUACGUUUUCCGUCGCGAUCGACGUCUGCUAGCCGCCCCACUAUCAUUUGCUCCGAAAGAGGAUCAACUCAUUCUUGCACGCAAAGUCACGGCCGAUGUCCUAAUUAUCAAAUGUAGUGAUGGACCUGAUUUUGAAACUGCGGAAAAUUCAUUGGAACACGUUGAAGCACUCAAGACCAAUGCGAAACGUGUUCAAUAUGUCAUAGUGGAAGGCAAGCAUCACACUCAUCUGACAAAUCCUGAGCUUGUCGCUCCAAUCAUCACCGAGUUUUUCAACACCUAAAGAGUGAAUUCAACAACGGUCAGUUUUCCCUGUUACGACCAUUUUUACUUAUCUUUCUUUAAUGCACAUAUUUCACGUUAACAUAAAUUGUUUUUGUACUAACUUGUAGUACGUUUUCUGAACAGUAAUGUGUUAAUAUGUCUGUUCGUUUCAGAAACUAUAAUAAUGGGUUUUGUAUGUAUUAUUGGAUGACACAAAAUAAAAUAAAAAAUACUUGA